AUGUUGCCUGAUAGUAAUGGUGAUGCAAACAGAAGAUUUGAGUUGCAUGAGAGUUUCUUCCACAGUAGGAGGCAUGAGAAUUACGCUUGUACCUGUCAAAAGGUGCUGAGUGCACUUGCCAGGUCAGUAUCAAUCGUGCCCCAUGUCAGUCUGGUAUCUUUUGCAAAUUCACCUCUUCGAAGAAAGUACAGGAAGUCAAUGUAUUUCGAUUGCUCUAUCACUGAGUGUAUAAAUAUGCUUCAAAAUCUGCUAAUCAAAAUCCUAUUUAUGAAGCCAAAUAUCUUCAAGAUCUUCUACCAAAUGACCUCAUAA